CGCUUCAUACUGAGCAGCAAAAUGGCCGCCCGUCAACCGACUGACUCCACAGCGCUUUGAAAUUCAAAUUCUUCUGCACAUUCGGGUUUACACCAUUACAACGUUAGUACUUAUUUACGCACCGGGAGCUCGCUGCGCUUGUGUUUUCCACCACUGACCUGACUCCACCGCUCGGGCGUCGCUGUUCUCGAAGCCUCGACGAAUGCCUCAACAAGCUAGAAUAGAAAAAUUCGCACUGAAGCACUUUAGCUAAGCUACCCAGCUAGCGCCACUAGCUCCUCUUCAUAUGUGAUUCUUGAGAAAAGAGAAUCAGGACAGGAGCAGUAGUUCAUGGAAGACAAGAAAAGGAAAAAAGACGACAAAAGGAAAAGGGAAGCCUCUCAGAAGGUUACAGAACACAAAAACAAAGUGCCAGACUUGACCAAGCCGGCAUCUGCCCAGUCUCCUGCCACUCAGAGCAGCUCUGCCUCCCCUAGCCCUGGACCCACCCCCUCUGCCUCCCCAUCCCCAGCCACCUCAGGCCCUGGCAGUGCUGCCCCCCCAUCACAGGGCGGCAACAAUGCCAAGCGCCUGGGGGUGGCCAACGGACAGCCCACCUCCACCACCAGUUCUUCCUCCACCGCUGGCAGCCCCGGUGCUGCUGGAAACGGCAGUACAAGUAGUGGAGGUGGAUCCCAGGCGCCUCAGCAGCAACCGCGCUACAUGCCGAGAGAAGUGCCCCCGCGAUUCCGCUGCCAGCAGGACCAUAAAGUGCUACUGAAGAGGGGUCAGCCGCCACUGUCCUCUAUGCUGCUGGGAGGGGGAGGAGGAGGAGGCGGAGGGGAUGGCCCAAAUGCAAACAUGGCUGCUGUCUCAGACACUGGUGCGGUUACCUCCUCAUUGGCCCUCACCACAUCAUCAUCAGCUGCUGCUUCUACUACUACUUCUAAUUAUGCAAAUUCCAUGUGGGGGGCAAGCUCAGGCAGCCAGACCUCCUCUCAGGGCAGGGUGAUUGUCGAUGGCAACAACCUGGAGGAGUGGCCUAGCAUCGCUGGCAAUGAUGGCGGAUCAGCUUCAUUCACCAGGGCUGCAGGCGGCAGCAGCAGCAGCAGCAGCAGCAGCAGCAACAACAACAAUGGAAUGCCUGUGAACAGCAUCAGUGCCUCUGGCAACCAUUCCUCACCCACUUCCUCAUUCUCUUUGCCCAAUGAAUGUAUGCAGUCGUCCAAUGGUGUGGCAUGGGGGACGGCUGCCACCCAGGGUCAUCUUGGAGGAGGGAGUGCAGUAGCUACAGCUGGGCCUCUGCUACAACAGCCCUCCUCAAUUUCCAAAGCCUCCACUGUGCCAGGGAGCCAUGAUACCAGUGGCCCCGUCGAUGGAAGCAGUGGGAUUCCAGGUGCCAACUUCAAUCCAAAUGCCAACCCUUCGGCCUGGCCUGCCCUUGUGCAGCAGGAUGGGCCCGCUGCUGCAGGGGAAGGAGGUCCGUCUUCCUUCCAUCACCAGGGCCCUGGAGGGUCUUUGUCUGCCAACAACUCUGCUUCCCUGGGGCCGGGAAGCGGGGCAGUCGGGGUGCUGGGGGGUCACCCACCUUUAUCUGUGAAUCAAUCAAGCACCCAUCAGCACCAACUUCACCAAAUGCAAUCCAGAGACAGAGAGAUGGGAGGGGGGAAGUGGGAAAGCGAAUCAGCGGGACCAAAAAUCGCAGGUGGGGAAGGGAUUGGGGGAGGAAUGGACCGUGGUGUGGGAGGAUGCGGAAUGAGUGUGGGAGACCACAACCUUGCCUCCUCAUGGAGAGGCCAGCCUUCUUACCCUGCAGCUAACUCCAAAACGGGUGCCUCAAGGACUGAUGGAUGGGAGGGCGGAGGUGCUGGCACAGGGGGAUCCGGAGCUGCUGAAGGUGAUAAUGGGACCUCAGGUUGGGGUUAUUCAAGUUCCGCGAGUGGGGCUACUUGGGGUAGUGCUGGAACUGGAGGAGACAGUAGUCAAACCUCUGGUGUAUCUCAGGGAGGCUGGGGGUCAUCGGGAGUAGGAGUAGGAGGGGAGAGAGGAGUUUCUGGUGGUGAUUGGGGUGGGAGCUCCACUGGUAUUGGUGGAGCUAAUCCAGGAGGAGAGGGAAAGAGUGGAGCCUGCAGCAGUACCAGCAGCAGUAGUGGGGGUAGCGCAGCUGGCAACCCCCCUGCCACCUCCUCAUCCUCCUCUACGGCCACCACUUUGACUAGAGUCUGGGACAAUCAGAAGGGAGAGGGUGAAACAGGGGAAUGGGGCGGUGGAGUAGGAGGACAGGAAGCACGGGGAGAAUCUUCUUCUAGCGGCGGAAACUCCAGAAAUGGGAGCGGACCUAACAGCCGUUACAAUUGUCCUCGCCACCAGGCACCUAAUGCUGAAGCUGCCUUACAGAAUCUUCUAAGUCGAACUGAUCUGGACCCACGGGUUCUGUCUAACACAGGCUGGGGCCAAACACAGAUCCGACAAAACAUAGCCUGGGAUUUCGAAGAACAGGGAGGACAGAAUAAAGGUGGAUUGUCAUCAGCUUCAUCAAAACAUCCGUCUUCACAUGGUAGUAGUUCUCAGUCUUCUGGUGGACAAAGGACCCAUAUCACUGAAUCAGUGGGUCCAGGGGUCAAUCCUUCCCAGGUUCCAUCUGCCGGGUCUUCUGGAGAGGGUUGGGAGAGCAGCAGUAACAGUAGCAGUAGUGGGGCCUCUCUGUCUGGGAGAGCCCCACCACCUUCAGGCCCCAACUUGAGGAAUCUCAGCGUCUCACAAUCUGGGCAAGUGACCACAACAGGCUCGGGUAUGGGGUCAGGGGUAAUACCAGGACAUAACCAGCAGGGGAAGACUAUAGGCUGGGGUGGAGAAGGGAUGGGGACGAGGGAUGGCAAAGAGGCUAAAGGCUGGGGGAAUGAGGAAUAUAGAGGCAGUAGUAGAGGAGGAAAUGGAGCAGGAUGGGGUGAUACUGGGCAACAGGGUGACCCAGCGAGUGGAGGCUGGGGAGGAAAUCGGGAAAAUCGGGAGGAAAAAGGGGCAGGGGGUUGGAAAGACAUGGGUGGAAGUGGUGGAGGAAGUGGGUGGGGAUCUGGACAGAAGGUUGGGGCAGGAAGGGACUGGGGUGAGCAAGAGUCCAAAUCAAACAGUGGAGGAGGAGGAUGGGAGGCUGAGAGGAAGACUGGAGGAGGAAUCUCAGGUGGGGAUACAGGUGGGGGUGGUUGGGGAAGCUGGGAUGAUAGUGCUCCUCGGAGAACCUGGGGAGCAGGGGGUACAGGAGGAGGAGGAGGGGGUAUGGGCGUUGGGGGUAUGGGGUCCAAACCCCAUCCAAAUUGGAGUGGAGGAAACAAAAUGCACCAGAUGCCAAACAGCCAGUUGGGCUCCAUCACAGGCCCUCAGGCACAACUGCAACAGCAACAAUCACAGCCACGCAAUCAGAAUCCACAGCUGCAGCAAGCGUUGGACCAAGGGGCUUUGCAAGGGGGCGGGGGAAGGAAACUUGUAUCUCAAGCCGAGAAUCAGAACCAAAGCUCAGGCUGGACCUCAGGGCCCAUCCCUGGUGGUCCCGCUGGAGGUGGAAGUGGAUCUGAACCAAGUGGCUGGGAGGAACCUUCACCACAAUCCGUAAGCAGGAAGAAUGAGAUUGAUGAUGGAACCUCAGCAUGGGGUGACCCAACCCAUUGCAACUACAAGCCAGUCAACUUGUGGGAUAAGAACGGCGACCCUGCUGGCCAGCAGCUGCAUGUACAAGGUCCGGCCCAACAGCAACAACAGCAACAACAGCAGCAGCAGCAGCAGAAGCAGCAACUACAGCAACAGCAGCAGCAACUACAGCUACAGCAACAGCAGCAGCAACAACAACAACAACAGCAGCAACAACAACAGCAGCAACAACAACAGCAACAGCAGCAGCAGCAGCAACAACAACAACAACAACAACAGCAGCAGCAGCAGCAACAACAACAGCAGCAGCAGCCACCACAGCAACUGCAGGGACCUCAGAUACAGCAGCAGUCUAGUAGGCAGGCUGCAGGGCUCGGAGGUAACAGAGACUACAACACUGGCCAUGGACCUGCGAAAGCUUCAGCUAUGGAUCCAUCAGGUUGGGGUGGUACUUCCCCAUCUAGUCCUACAGUAGACAAUGGCACAGCAGCAUGGGGAAAGUCUAUUGAGGCCCCCGCUGGCUGGGGAGACCCUGACAAUGCUAGCGGAAAGACGACAAGCUGGGGAAACCCUUCUCCUAACCCCAUCAAAUCCGGUACAAAGUCUAUGCAAGAUAGUUGGGGCGAAAAAGAAUGCUCGGUGACAGCCUCGCGUCACUCAAGCUGGGAGGAUGAGGAGGAGGGAGGCGGCGGCGGCAUGUGGAACAGCACCGGCUCCCAGGGAAGCGGUUCAUCUUGGGGACAGGGAAGCAACGGCGGCUGGGGACAGAGCCACCCCGGGAAGAAGCCCAACACCAAGGGUCCAUUGAAGGCUGGUGGAGGAGACUCGUGGAUGAGCCCAAUUAACAGGCAGUUCUCUAACAUGGGGUUGCUGAACGAUGAUCCCAGUGGCCCAAACAUUGACAUGGCUCCGGGUUCUCUCCAGGAGAAGAAGAUUGAAGCAGAGAAGAGAGGCAUGGGAAUGAAUGACUACAAUGGAGACAUGAGGAAGGGAGGUAGAGGAGGAGGGGGGAUGCCAUAUCGUCCACCUGGAUUAAAAGAGGCAGCACCUGGGGAUGUUGGCUCCUACUAUGACAAGACCUUGCCUUUGACCAAUCAGGAUGGGUGCCUUGGGGAGGAGGGUCCUUGCUCUCUGUACUCACCACCCACUGUCUACAAGCCCCAUUCCCUCUUCAACCAUACUAUCCCUUUUAGACAAGGCGGUCACGGUAUCUUUGGGAGUGGUGGAGGGAUUGCUCAGUCAAGAUAUCAGCCAAGUGUCCCACCCAUUAACCAGUCUCCAGGGAUACGAGCGCAAGUGCCUCAUCAGUUCCUGUCGCCGCAGGUGCCAGGCUCCGUGCUGAAGCAGAUGCCCCCUCCCAGCGGGAGCGUGGGGGGUGUCGGCGGCGUGGGAGGAGUGGCAGGAGUCGGGGGAGGUGUGUUCCCUCCACAGCUGUCCCCCCAGCACAUCGCCAUGCUCAGCAGCAUUUACCCACCGCACAUUCAGUUUCAAUUGGCUUGUCAGCUCCUCCUCCAGCAGCAGCAGCAGCCACAUCAGCAGCAACAGCAGCUGCUGCAGAAUCAGAGGAAAUUCACGCCAAAUGUGAGGCAGCAGGCUGACCCCCAGCAGUUGGCCAGGAUCAUGGCAGUGCUCCAGCAGCAGAGACAGCAGCAGCAGGUCGGAGGUCUAGGUGGCAACUCCAAACUCUCCCCCUCCCACCAUGGUGUAGGUGGUAUGGGAGGUCCCAAGCUGCCUGUGGCUGACCCCAUGCCCCAUCCAGGCCUGUCAGGAUCUGUGGCUGACCUCCACUCCAAAAAUCUUGGACCGUACAGUGGGUUUAGUUCUGGGAUGAACAUCCCCGGUCUUGACCUGGGUGGUUCUGUCGUGGGGGGGCCUGGGGGCAUGAAGGACCUUGGGAUUCAGCAGUCCCGCUUCAAAUGGAUGAUGGAGGGACACUCUUCUCCAGACACAACCACACCUGAGAAUGCAUUCCAUAAAAACGGUCCUAUCGCACCCAUAAAGAUGCCUGGUGGCUCGCCCUACUCUCAGUACGACAUGAUGGUUGGAGACGGCCUGGGUGACAACUGGCACCGCACCCCUGGCAAGAUGAUCCCCAAGCCAACGACAACAACCAGCUGGCCACCUGAGUUCCAGCCCGGUGUUCCCUGGAAGGGAAUUGACCGUGUCGACCCCGAAUCCGACCCCUACAUGACCCCAGGGAGCAUGAUGGCAAAUGCAUGUUCUCCCAACCUCAAUGAUACUGAGCACCAGUUGUUACAAGACAAUACAGAUUCCACCCCUCCCCUCAACACCUUGCUGCCUUCACCUGGUGCCUGGCCCUACAGUGCCUCAGACAGUCCCCUCAACAACGCACACAACUCAGUAAAGUACACAGACUACAAGACCAGCUGGCCCCCAGAGCCCAUUGGACACAAGUCCUGGAAAGCCAGCCGCGGCACCAGCCAGACCCAGCUUUCCCGCCCACCUCCAGGACUAAUGAGUCAAAAGCAGCCAUCGUCUUCCCCUUGGUCAGGAGGAGCCCCUCGGCAGGCUGGCAGGAGCUGGGGCGGAAGCACCAGCACCUCUGGCUCAACUUGGAGUGACGGCAGCUCUCGAGAAAGCUGCUGGUUGGUGCUCAGCAACCUCACACCACAGAUCGAUGGCUCUACUUUGAGGACCAUCUGCAUGCAGCACGGCCCCCUGCUGACCUUUCACCUUGGCCUGACCCAGGGCACAGCUCUUAUUCGCUAUGGAUCCAAACAGGAGGCAGCCAAGGCCCAGAGUGCACUCCACAUGUGUGUUCUGGGUAACACCACCAUCUUGGCGGAGUUUGUGAGCGAAGAAGAUGUGGCUCGCUACAUUGCACAUUCCCAGGCUGGAGGAACAGGUACCGGAGGAACUGCAUCCAGCUCCGCAGGGUCCGGGCCAACAUCGAGCUCCGUGGUGGGGGCCAACAGCAACGGAGGAAGCUGUGAUAGAGGCGGCAGCGGGGGAGUAGAAGGAGGGUCCACAAGUGGAGGAGCAGGAAACGGGGGGGCCGGGCCCACAAGCUCUGGGUGGCAGAGUAUGGACAGCACAGGCAGCUCAUCGGACCCGUCCGGCGGCCAGGGGCCCGGACUCGGCGUCUUCUCACAAUGGAGCAACAACGGGACCGGGAUGGGUGGGUCCGGAGGUGUGGAGGCUGGAAGGCAGGGCCUGUGGGGGGGAAUGGGCGGGAUGAGCGGGGGCGGGUACCAGAGCAGCAGCCUAUGGGGUUCCCCAUCACUGGAUGAUCGUCACCAGAUGGGUAGCCCCGCCUCGCUGCUUCCAGGGGACCUGCUGGGCGGUGGGGCUGAUUCCAUCUAAGGGUCCUGACUGACACAAACACAAUCAUUUUAGACCCAUUGUAAUACAAAUGUCACGCUCUGCACCUACUUACAUGCAGAGAGGACAUGAAUACAAGCUACACUGGUCACCUAACACACAUACAUUCAGUACACGCACAUAUCAUUUCACACACACAUUAAAACCGCUUAACUUUAAAUGAAGAUCACAGUGAAACUUGAACUCGGGGGGGGGGGGGGGGGAGGUGAAAUCCAUUUAUUCAUCCUCUUUAGGACUCAACUGGACAGCUCUUUGUCUUUUUACUCCACAUCCCAUCUGCUAUCAGAGACCCAGUCACUCAGGCAUGCACUGUAGACCGGCUCAGCCAGAGUCGUACGCGUCGUCGACAAGUUUAGCUAUUGCUGUUUUUAGUGUUCCCCAGUUCUUUCCUUUUUUUUCUUUUUGUAUUACUAUAUUUAAUGGUUGAUUCUCAAAAUUCUGACAUGCAAACUGAGCCCUCGUAGACCUAGCAGGCGUACUUCUGAGUUCUCAUGUUUGGAAGCCUGAGAGUCGGGAGGAUCUGGAGUUUGUAAAAAAACGUUCGGACGGCACCACACUACUGAGUCAAACAGACGAUCAGCAACCUUCGAGAUGUGGAAGAGGAGAGUGUUUUUAGUUGGUACUGAUGCCUCUAGCUAUGCCAUCAACAUGGGACCCAGGGUUUAAAAAAAAUCAACAAAAACAACAUUAGCCAAACUUGCACUAUAUGCCUUUGGGUUUGUUGCUGACACAUCAUUCACAAAUCCCUCCAUUUUUGAAACAGAGCUACAACAGAACACAACUACACAGACCUAACCAGGACGACUUAAACGUUACAACAGCAGUGGCCUUGGCUAACACCCAGCAGCCGCUCGCCCGCCUGCCCGCCAUGUCAGCAGCAUCACACCUUCUCAUCAGUUACACACUGCUCUUAUAUUUGACAAGCAAAAUUGUAUCUCCUUGUUGAUGUAUGUCGGUUGUUUAUCAUAUAUAUUUUCUGUUUUCUGUUUUUAAAAGAAACAGAGAAACGUGUGAAACUUUGUGGAAAAUCCAGAGAUGUCCUCUCUUUUUUUUUCUUUUUUUUUUUUCUGCCCUUCAAACACUGACCUCGCUAUUAUAUUUUUUCGUACUCAAGAAAUCAAGUUGGUUAUUAUUAUAUAUUGUCAUGACGUUAAUGAUGACUAUGAUCACUUAUUUACUCGCUGUACAAGGUGCCCUCCUGCCUGCCUGUGUGUGCAUGAAAGGAGCGUGGACAGUAUGACCGACUGGAGGAGGACGUGAUGAAGAUGAUGAUGGGAGUGUCUGUGUUAUUGCUACAAUGUUGAAUGUUUUUUUGUUUUUUUUGUCCAUGAGAGAUUCAUGAAAAAUGUGUGAGAGUGUGAGAGAGGGUGGGUAGAUGGAUGGAUGUAUACACGUUUAUGUGCUUGACUGACUGUCGUGAUAGCUAAAAUAGUUCAAAAACAUCGGCACUAUUGCAUACGUCUCUUAAGUUGUGUUUUUUAGCAGCGUUUUGUUCCCGUUUGUUUUUUCUCUGUUCAAUGCAAUAAGAGAAUGAUAUUAUGUUUUUAAGACGAAGCAAACAACUGAAGGCAUUUCUGUUAGCGAUGCCAAAUCCUACCAUACCAAGCUGAGCUGGAACAGUGUUUUACAAACACGUUAAAGACAUUACAUAUGUUUUACUGUUUGUUUGUUUAUUAUGUAUCAAUUUAAAUUAAGUCAGUCUUUAUUAUCACUCCUGUUCAGGACGUUUUCGUUUAUUUCAGAUGUUACAAAAAGGAGAGGAAAUUAAUUUAAAGCAGAAAAGAACAAGAUAAUAAAGGUUGAAUUGAA